GGUAUCUGUCUCUUUAGGCGUGUUCAGCCUGUAUGACCAUAUCAGGAGCACGGAACCCGCGCACCUGUAAGCUGACGUCAUACGCUGAAAGUACCUGCAGCAACUCGUCCAGCUGAACUCAUUCGGUAACUGAAACUACCCUCACGAAAGAAGACAAAGAAGUAAGGACGAAUAUUCGGAAGGGAAUAGCCUAUAUAUUUAAAAUUCAUCUCAAAUCCAGUUAUUUUUUAAACUUUAAUUGCGAGGAAUAUUGACAGAGGAUUUACAGACAGAUGGGGACCGCCCGGUUCGCGGUUUUGUGCAUUUUUAUCACCGUGUUUCAGGCCUCUGUUUUAGUGACUGCUGAGGAGCCAACAUGUGUAACUGGAUUCCAGUCAGAUUUGUUGAUUUUCAAAGUAUCCGUAAAGCACCUGAAACCGAACACAAGACUGGGAAAAGUGGGCUUCACAGACUGCACAGAGCGCACAUCGUUCCUUUUCAGCAGUGAAGACGACCAUUUCAUGGUGCAAAAAGAUGGCAUAUUGAAGGUAAACAGAACGGUUGAUAUUAAUGGACAACGGGAGUUCCUCAUCCACUCCAGUGACUCACAAGGCCUUAAAAUGAGUGUUCCUGUCAAGGUAUUGCACCAUAGGCAUCACCAUGGGAACCACCACCAAAAUGUUGAGCAUCACCAUGGACACCACAAACACCACAACCAUCAGCACCAUCUUAAUGAAGUGGACUCUGCUAAUCACACAGAGAGUGCAGCUGAUCCACAGGUGCCUAUUCUGCAUUUCCCCAAGCCCGGUGAUGGGCUGAGGAGGAGGAAGAGAGACUGGGUUAUUCCCCCACUCAGUGUUGUUGAGAAUGACAGAGGAUCCUACCCCCUAAAAGUAUCUCAGAUCCGUUCUAAUGAGGAUAAAAUUAAGAAGAUCUACUACAGCAUCACUGGUCCAGGAGCUGAUGAGCCUCCUGUUGGCCUUUUCACCAUGGACAGAGACUCUGGUAAUCUGUAUCUCACACAACCACUUGACAGAGAGGAGAAAGACAAGUAUACGUUUCAAGCACACGCUGUAUCAGAUGGGUCAGGAAAGGCUGAGGAGCCUAUGGAAAUUGUGGUGAAAGUAAUUGACCAGAACGACAACAAACCUGUUUUCAGUCAAGACACCUACCUGGGAGAAGUUGCUGAGGCCUCACCAAAAGGUUUUGAAGUGAUGAAGGUUGAGGCCACAGACAGUGACCAGCUGGAUACUGACAACUCAGAUAUCCGCUACAGUAUUAGAAGCCAGGAGCCAACAUUGCCUAGUGACUCCCUGUUUGUCAUCAACCCAGUCACUGGAGUCAUCAGAGUUAAUGCUAGUGGGCUAGACAGAGAGAAAUACCCAAAAUACACUUUGGUGGUACAAGCAGCUGACAUGAUGGGAGAAGGGUUAACGGGAACAGCAAAAGUCAUUCUUACGGUCACAGAUAGCAACGACAAUGCUCCAGCCUUCACUCAGCCCGCCUAUGAAGCAACAGUUCCAGAAAAUAAAGUGGACGCUCAGGUCAUUACAGUGUCAGUAACAGAUGGUGACCAGCCACAUUCCCCAGCCUGGAACGCCAAGUUCACGAUUGUCGAUGGUGAUCCUGGAGGACUUUUCACUGUGAAAACAGGAAGUAACAAACAUGAAGGAAUCAUUUCUACUGCUAAGGGUCUUGACUUUGAGAGGAGCACCAAGCACACUCUGCUGGUUGCAGUGGAGAAUGAGGUUCCUUUUGCUACUCCACUGCCUACUGCCACCGCCACAGUGGUGGUGAAUGUGCAGGACGUCAAUGAGGCGCCGGUGUUUGAUCCAGUGCAGAAGCAUGUGUCCAAACGGGAGGACCUUGCCAUCAACAGUGAUGUAGUGCGAUACACCGCUUCUGACCCAGACACUGCACGCAAACAGACAGUCGGGUAUAAAAUUAUUAGAGACCCUGCCGGCUGGCUGUCUGUGGGCAAAGACACAGGCGUGAUCAAACUUAAAAAUCUCAUGGACAGAGAGUCCCCCUUCGUCAAGGACAACAAAUACACGGCGCUCAUUGGUGCAUAUGACAAUGAUGAAAUACCAGCCACAGGAACUGGUACUCUAAUAAUCCAGCUCGAAGAUGUCAAUGACAAUGCACCCACCAUUGAGGAACGUGUAAUCAAGAUAUGUAACAAGAAAUCAGCACCUCAGCUGCUGUCAGUAACAGAUAAAGAUGGACCGGGCAAUGCUGCUCCAUACAGCAUCUCUCUACAGGGCAUGUCCAAGACCAACUGGACCGCUAGGAUGAACGAAUCCAAAACGGGUAUCAUCCUGAAUUUAGUCACUGAGCUACCCAGUGGAGAGUACACUGUGCUCCUGAGGGUUGCAGACAACCAGGGCUUGUGGCAGGACAGCACUGUCCAGGCCACAGUUUGUGACUGCACUGGGGAGGAGGUAUCCUGCAAAGGGCGUGUGGCAGGUGGCACUGAACUGCCCGUUAUCCUGGGAAUACUGGGAGGCAUCCUGUUAUUACUCAUUCGCCACCAGGACUAUGAUCUGAGUGUUCUCCACCGUGGUCUGGACAACCGGCCUGAGGUGUUAAGAAACGACAUGAUCCCAAACUUCAUGCCGGCUCCUCAGUACCGACCUCGCCCCGCCAACCCAGAGGAAAUUGGCAACUUCAUUGAUGAUAACCUGAAGGCAGCCGACAACGACCCAACAGCACCCCCCUAUGACUCCCUGUUGGUAUUUGACUAUGAAGGAGGUGGCUCUGAUGCAGGAAGCCUCUCCUCUUUGAACUCAUCGAGCAGCGGAGACCAGGACUAUGACUGCCUCAAUGAGUGGGGACCCCGCUUCAAGAAACUAGCUGACAUGUACGGAGGAGGUGAAGAUGACAUGCUGUAAAUGUACCAAAGAAUGAAUAGUAUGGAUGGGUGGCUGCACAUAUCGUCAUGUGAAUGUUAGAUCAAUGUUAAGCAUGAACUGAUAAAUGACUGCAUCCCAGGGAAAAUAUAGCACAGCCAGAAAAACAUCUGUGGGUCUACUGAUGAUUUAUUUUUUUGUUUGUUUGUUUUUAUGAGCAUGGGGACUGUGAUUUAGUCAGUGCAGUGCUAUAAGCAGUUAAUGGCCACUGCGCAGAAGCCAGAGGAUGAGUUUGUUUUUUUUAUACACGAGUUCCCCAUUUUGAAUAAAUAAACUCUAUGUCUGCUUGUUUUUUAGAUCCUUGUUUAGUUCUAGGCUAAAAACUAACUAUGCCUUUAGUUUUUCUGUUCAUUGAGUUGUGGAGCCACAUCAUCAGUUUCAGUUCUGAUUUAUAGAUUUUUUGCAGAUAUAUCAGCCUAGAGUAAAGCUUGCUGGGUGACACUGAAUAUGUACACAGAUGUUUGCAGUUGUAUCAGUAACAUUUGUGCAAUUUUGGCAAUGUAUGGUACUUCAUAGUUUUCAGUUUUUUGUUUAAUUAUUUUUUGUGGAGUUUGUCCUACUGCUUCAGUUAAAGUUCACUGUUUUGUAUUUCCAUUUGAGUAAUGAAAUUACAAAUGAUCAAGGGAAAAAUCCAGGUAGCCAGCCAAAGCCACAUCACCCUCUGAGGGCAUGGUCAAUGAGUUAUCAAUAAGUCAGUUGACAUCUUUAUCACAUUGCAAUGUCAAAACACGUUUUGCAGUUACCUCCAAUGUUUCUUUAUUACAAAUGCUUUGUUAAUUUUGAUUUUUUUUUUUUAUACAUAAAGUUUUCUUAAUACAAUAA